UCCAUUGGACAGUCGUGGACACCGUAGUAUCGCGAGACUUGGACCAGCCAAGAUGGUGCUGCGACCUGUCUCUGCCGCGCUCCUGCGGAAUGGGACAUGUUUAGGGGUCAAUAAUGUUCGUGCGCUCUUCACAACAGCGUUUCUCUCCCGCAGGACCCCUCCUUUGGGGCCCCUGCCAAAUGAAGACGUUGACAUAUCGAAUCUGCCGUCUCUGGAGAAAUACCGCACCUACAAUCGUUACAUCACACAUGCUGAGCGUGCCAAUAAUAAAGAGGUCUGGUGGAAGACUUACCGGGGCUAUGUAGAACAAGCUGAUCCUGAACAUGGUGCUGAGCGAGUGGACGUCGGCCUGCCGUGCCAUCAACCAUCAAGAACCAAGGAAGUGAGGGAGAGAGGGAAGGUGAUGAAGGCUAAUAAGCAGGACGUUGAUCUGGAGAGAGCUUGUCGUCUGCGCACAUUCAAAAUUCCUCUGGAUCGGGUUCAGGAGAGCUGGGAGAGCAGCUGUGGCCCGUAUCAUAUAAAGAAGCUGGCGGACCACUACGGCGUCUUCAGAGAUCUCUUCCCGCAGGCCUUUUUUCUACCCCAAAUUCCACUGCAGAUCCACUACAGUCAGGAGCCCAGCAGCCAGGUGCAUUAUGGGAACACUUUGACACCGACUGAGGCAGCGUUACCCCCGCUGGUCAGCUUUAAAGCAGAGGAGGGCUCUCUGUGGACUCUUCUGCUCACCUGUCCAGACGAGCAUCUCCAGAACAACGAUUUGGAAUACGUCCACUGGCUGGUAGGAAAUAUACCUGGUGGUGCAGUGUGCUCUGGAGAGGAGCUGUGCCACUACCUGCCACCCUUCCCUGCCAGGGGAACUGGCUUCCAACGGUACAUCUACGUUCUCUUUAAGCAAGACAGAACCAUCAACUACCAGGAAGAGACACGGACUUUGCCAUGUCAUUCUCUGAUGGAUCGCACUUUCAAGACAGCGGAGUUCUACAGGAAGCACCAGGAUCACAUGACCCCAGCUGGAUUAGCCUUUUUCCAAAGCCAGUGGGAUGAGUCUGUCACCAAGACUUUUCACGACACACUUGACAUGAGGGAGCCCGUCUUCGAGUUCAUCCGUCCUCCAGUGUACCAUCCUCCGCAGGUCAAGUUCCCUCACAAAAAGCCGCUACGCUACUUGGACCGCUACAGAGACGGAAAGGCCCACACUUAUGGAAUAUACUGAUGAUUCACAUGUGAAAAGAUGGUCAUGUAUUUAUGUCAAAUUAAACUCUUUUUACAGUACAAGCCUCAUU